AUGAAAGAUUGGCAUAUUGAUGACCAUAUAAAUAUAUAUCAAGAAAAUGAGAAAAGUAAUAAUAAAGAAUAUGUAACUUAUAACAGUUGUAUAAUUAAUAAAAGUAAUGAGAAUAACAGUUCAAGUGAAUCUAGUAAUAAUAGUAAAGAUCAAAAACAUAGAAUAUUAGAAAAUGAAAUUCAUAGAUCACCAAAUAAAGCAUAUAGAUUAGGUAAUAUAGUUGGAAAUGGAAGUUUCGGUGUAGUUUAUGAAGCUAUUUGUCUUGAUACUUCAGAAAAAGUUGCUAUUAAAAAGGUUUUACAAGAUCCACAAUAUAAAAAUAGAGAAUUAAUGAUAAUGAAAAAUUUAAAUCAUGUAAAUAUUAUAUAUUUAAAAGAUUAUUAUUAUACAGAAUCAAUUAAAAAAAAUGAAAAAAAUAUUUUUUUAAAUGUGGUAAUGGAAUAUAUACCACAAACCGUACAUAAAUAUAUGAAAUAUUAUUCAAGAAAUAAUCAAUCUAUACCAAUAUUUUUAGUAAAGUUAUAUUCAUAUCAAUUAUGUAGAGCAUUAGCAUAUUUACAUGCAAAAUUAAUUUGUCAUAGAGAUCUAAAACCUCAAAAUUUAUUAAUAGAUCCAAAAACACAUACAUUAAAAUUAUGUGAUUUUGGAAGUGCAAAAAAUUUAUUAGUUGGUCAACGUAGCGUUUCAUAUAUUUGUUCUAGAUUUUACAGAGCUCCUGAAUUAAUGUUAGGUUCUACUAAUUAUACUACCCAUAUAGAUUUAUGGUCAUUAGGUUGCAUAAUAGCAGAAAUGAUAUUGGGAUUUCCUUUGUUUUCAGGACAAUCAAGUGUUGAUCAAUUAGUUAGGAUAAUACAAGUUUUAGGAACACCAACUGAAGAACAAAUGAAAGAAAUGAAUCCAAAUUAUGCUGAUGUAAAAUUUCCAGAUGUUAAACCAAAAGAUUUAAAAAAGAUAUUUCCAAAAAGUACAUCAGAAGAUGCUAUAAAUUUAGUUUCUAGAUUUUUAAAAUAUGAACCACUAAAAAGACUUAGUUCAAUUGAAGCUUUAAGUGAUCCAUUUUUUGAUGAAUUAAGAGACCCUAGUAUUAAAUUACCAAAAUAUAUUGAUAAAUUACCAGAAUUAUUUAAUUUUUGUGAAGAAGAAAUUAAAGUAAUGUCUGAUGAAUGCAGAAAAAAAGUAUUACCUAAACAUCUUUAUGAAAAAUAUGAAUAUUUAAUGAAUGAACAUAAUAAUAACAAUAGUGUUAAUGAAAAUAUUAAUAAGGAAUUUAAUGAAUCAAAUAUGGAAAAUAAUCAAUCAAAUAAUAAAUCUCAUUUAAUUAUUGAAAGUUAA